GAGGGGGGACGCGGAGUCUCUUCUCUUUUCCAGUGACCGCGCAAACUUUGCAUUUCCUCGCACGCUUCCUUCUCUUUUUUAAAAAAAAAAAUAAUAAUAAAAAUCUCUAGGAAAAGGCGGCUUUGCUUUUCUGGUUUGCAAAGAAAACCUCGCAGGCUAUAACUAUUUCCAGGCACCUGUGUCGUGAGCAGACCCUGAGCUGGGGUAGCCCAGAAGAUGACAGAGUACAAACUGGUGGUGGUUGGAGCAGGAGGCGUUGGGAAAAGUGCAUUGACUAUUCAGCUGAUUCAGAAUCAUUUUGUUGAUGAAUAUGAUCCUACCAUAGAGGAUUCGUACAGAAAGCAAGUAGUCAUCGAUGGGGAGACCUGCUUACUGGACAUCUUGGACACAGCUGGCCAAGAGGAAUACAGUGCCAUGCGAGACCAGUACAUGCGGACAGGAGAAGGCUUCCUAUGUGUCUUCGCUAUUAACAACACCAAGUCCUUUGAAGACAUUCAUCAGUAUAGAGAGCAGAUCAAGAGAGUGAAGGACUCCGAUGAUGUGCCCAUGGUGUUGGUGGGGAAUAAAUGUGACCUUCCUGCCCGGACUGUGGAAACGCGGCAAGCCCAGGAACUGGCUCGGAGCUAUGGGAUUCCAUACAUAGAGACGUCAGCCAAAACUAGACAGGGAGUUGAAGAUGCCUUCUAUACUUUAGUGCGAGAGAUCCGGCAGCACAAACUACGUAAAUUGAAUCCUCCAGAUGAAAGUGGUCCAGGCUGCAUGAACUGCAAAUGUGUAAUAUCAUGACCAAGCGGACCAGACUGUGACUUG